CCUUGGUCUUGCCAGUUCGCCCAUAAGACAUUUCACCCCCCUGAGACUAUUUGUGCUACGCUUGUGAGGUUAGGUUACGGUUUACUUUUUGUGUUCCGUGAUUUUUGGCAACACCGAUUUUCCAUGCAGGCUGGUUUUUAAGGAAACAAAAUAGUGUAAAAACGUGUUGAAAAAGGUCAGAAAUGGCAGUUGCAGUGAAAAAUAUCAGAGCAAUUACUAGAACAUCAAUAUUUAAGUCUAUUUCUACUAGAACACUAUGUGUCGCGCCUACAAUUCUGACUCGGAAGCCACAAAUCAUCUCUCCCACAAGCACAGUACCAUUGAUGCCAUGUCAGAGACUCGUUACACCAUCUGUGCGAAGUUACAGUUCUAAACCUCCAUUGAGUUUAAAGCUUAUAACAGACCGAGUUUUGUUAGUGUUAAAAUUAUAUGAUAAAAUCAAUCCUGAUAAGCUUCAACUGACUUCACACUUCAUAAAUGAUCUGGGCUUAGAUUCCUUGGAUCAUGUUGAAAUAAUAAUGGCAAUAGAGGAUGAAUUUGGAUUUGAAAUACCUGAUGCUGAUGCAGAAAAACUGUUGAGACCAGCUGAUAUUGUCAGAUAUGUUGGAGACCAUGAAGAUAUUUAUGAAUAAAAUAUUUAUGUGUUUCUAGUUUUAUUUAAAUUUAUUAGUGUACAAAUAUACUGUGUAAUAAGUUCAAUUUUGUUAUUCUGAUUAAAAAAAAACAGGUGGGAUUUCUUUUUUAUUAAAAAUCUUUAGAGCACCUGCAUAGUUAUGAGAAAAACAGAAAGUACACUAUUUUGGAAAACUACAGUAGCAGACAAAAGUUUGGAAACAUUCUUAGUAAUUUUUUAUUUAUUAUUAUGGAUUAUUUUUUUUUCUCAUAUAGUUUGCUUACAGUAUUGAGGAUACAAAUGAUAAUUUGUGUUUGCUGUGGUACUACUUCAUAUUAUUUAUUGACCAAACAUGAAAUGACAAAAGUGUGGAGAAAUUUUUUAUUACAAAAUUAAAUACAAAAAGUUUAAAAAAUAUUUUUAAGUUAAUAUUUGGUAUCAUAGCCUUCAGCACUGACUGACAUCUGCUUCCUAUUUUUUAAGUUUUUCUUGUCAGUUGUCUUUUAACAUGCUCCCAGAGAUGUUUUAUACUGUGUAGGUCCAGGGAUUGUGAAGGUCAUGUAAGAACAUUUUUUAGUAUUAGCCAGUCUUUUACGAAAUUUGAGGUAUGCUUGGGGUCAUUAUCUUUCUGGAAUGUCCAUCAUAAAGGCAGUUCUUCUUCAGCAAAGGCGAGUAAAUGUUCACUAAGAAUAUUUUUGUAAAGUUUUUGAUCCAUUUUCCCAACAAUUUUAACAAUUGGACUCAUUCCAGAACUAGAAAAACAGCCCCAAACCAUGAUGUUACCUCCACCGUGCUUAACUGUUGGCAACUGAUACUUUUAGUUGAAUCUCUUUCGUACUGGAUGUCUCGCAUAUGCCAUUCCAUCAGAUUCAAACAUGUUAAAUUUGCUUUCAUCGUUCCAUAAAACUGUAUUCCAUUGUUCUGUCCAAGUUAGAUGAGUUUUAGCAAAUUCAAGCCAAGCAAUAUAAUUUUUUUUUUAAAUGCACUGGAUGCCUACCAAAAAGCCCAAAAUCCACCAAGUGAUCCAAAACAUAAUCGGUUUUUUUUCGGUCUCUCGCACCUGGGCCGUGUUGCUGUUGAUCCGUAUUCUUGAUAUUUACUAAUAAUUUUCGAAAUCGUCCCGUUGUUCAUUUUUAUCUUUGAGAAAGGUCAACAUUUCUGACACCACUUCUAAAUAAUUCAAUUACUUUGUCUCUUAAAUCUUUUGAAAAUUCUUUUACUUUUGUUAUUCUCACUACUCUCGCAGAACGAAUAAAUACGGCAAAAUGUUUCCAUACUUUUGUCGUUACAAAAACUGUUAUUUAAAAAAAAACGUAUUUUUAUUUUCAGAGAAUUUGACUAUUAAUAAGACAAACCAUAUAUUAGUACCGGAGCCGAAGGUAGAUUUUAAUAUUUAUAUUAUCUGUUCCUUCACAAUUUUAAUUUAGGUAUAUGAAGUAGUUCAUAAUGUUAAUAUUUGUUUCCAAACUUUUGUCCGCCACUGUAUAUUGAAUGCUGUAAAUUGUAUUAUAAAAAUAAUAUAAUGCAGAUAUGGGUCAUAGAAAUGGGACUGCCCAACAGCACUGGGGUAGGAUAGGUAAUAAAAACCAAUGCUGUUGUAAAAAUAUAUAUUUGAGUUGUUAUACUGAUUCAUAAUGUCAUCUUCACAAUAUUUACUAUUUUUAUUUACAUUUGAUAAUACUUAC